CUUCUGGCAUUUUCUGAGGAACCAGAAUUGCAGCCCUUCCUCUUUGGUCUAUUCCUAUCCAUGUACCUGGUCACUGUCUGUGGAAACCUGCUCAUCAUCCUGGCCACUAUCACUGACUCCCACCUCCACACGCCCAUGUAUUUCUUCCUCUCCAACCUGUCCUUUGCUGACAUUGGUUUUACCUCCACCACGGUCCCAAAGAUGUGGGUGAAUAUUCAAAGACAGAGUAAAGUCAUUUCUUAUACUGGCUGCCUCACACAAAUGUACUUUUUCUUGCACUUCACAUUGCUGGAGGACCUCCUCCUGACUGUGAUGGCCUAUGACCGCUCUGUGGCCAUCUGUCACCCCCUGCACUACACAAUCACUGUGAAUCCUCAGCUCUGUGUGCUGCUGGUUCUGGGGUCCUGGAUUCUAAGUGUCCUGUAUGCAGCUUUACAAAGCUCACUUGUUUUGCAGCUGUCCUUCUGUGGGACCUUGGAAAUCCCCCAGUUUUUCUGUGAAUAUAAUCAGAUGGUCCAACUUGCCUGCUCUGACACCUUCCUCAAUGACAUAGUGAUGUACUUUUUAGCUGGGCUGCUUGGUGGAGGGCCAUUCAUUGGCAUCAUUUUCUCCUAUUCUAAGAUCAUUUCCUCCAUGGGUGGAAUCUCAUCAGCUCUGGGGAAAUAUAAAGCAUUUUCCACUUGUGCAUCUCACCUUACGGUUGUCUCCUUAUUUUACAUUUCUCUUCUGGGUGUGUAUAUAAGUUCUUUUGCUUCACAUAAUGCACAUGCAAGUGCCCCGGUCUCACUCAUGUAUGCUGUGUUGAUACCCAUGUUCAACCCUUUCAUCUCCAGUUUAAGGAAUAAAGAUAUACAGGGGGCUCUGAAAAUAUUCCUUAGUGGAAAGUCAUAA